AAUGAAAGGAAAAAGUACUGGCAGUAGUUUGAGUUGCUGCUAUUUUGUCUGUUGUCACUGGCUGGGCUACCUUCUACCUUCUAGGUGAUAUCAAAACUGAGGAUUUGUGGUCUUCAUCUUCUGAAAUUUGGGAAUCUUUUUCUGGGUUCUCAAAUUUAGUGGAUUUUCUGAUUUCAGUUCUCUUUUUCUUCAUCCAAGUCUUGAGUUUUAGCUCUAAAGCAAGGUAUAUCCAUUCAAAGCUUGCUUUGUUUUUGGCUUGAUAUAACUCUGUGGAAUAUAGCUUUUUGUUUUGGUUGAUGAUAGUUUUGAGAUCUCUUGAAAUGGGUAAGAAUCAAAAUUAGUUUUUGAAGGAGCAGAAGAAGCAGGUUAAUUUUUUUUUCCUUGUGAUUAUGAUGAUGAAGAGAUUUAAGUACUUUUGGGUUUUGAAAUCCAAGAAGUGAGGUUUUUGAUUCUAAGAACAAAGUGUUUUGUUCAUAUUGUUGAGUCUUGAGUUUAUUUGUGUGAGAUUAUGGAGAAACAGAACAGUUUCAAGGCUCCAAAGAUGGAGAAACAAAGCAGUUUUAAGGCACCGAAGAUGGAAAAACUGCAAAGUUUUCAUGGUAUUACCAUUGAGAGACAGCCAAGUGCGAUGAAGGCAAUGGAAAAACAAAAGAGUUUUCAUAGUGUCACGUUUGAGAAACAGCCGGCCACGCGUGGGGCGAUGGAGAAACAGAAUUUAAGUAUUGAAAAACAGCCGAAUACUCGUGGGGUGAUGGAGAAACAGAAGAGUUUUCGUGGGUUUUUGGAGAAACAGAAGAGUUUCCGUGUGGUGAUGGAGAGGCAGUUGAGUUUUAUGGGUGGUGGUGAGAGGAAGAAGAACAAGGAUUCACCGGGGAAAAGAGGUGAUUUGCAGCUGCAUUUGGCUGCUCGGGCAGGUAAUUUCAGUAGAGUUAAGGAGAUUCUGCAGAACUGUGAUGGAAGGGAUCCAAAGGAGUUGUUGUCGAAGCAGAAUCAAGAAGGGGAAACCCCACUUUAUGUGGCUGCUGAGAAUGGGCAUGCUUUGGUUGUUGGAGAGAUGUUGAAGUAUAUGGACCUUGAAAUUGCGUCUAUAGGGGCCAGGAACGGAUACGAUCCAUUUCAUGUGGCAGCAAAGCAGGGUCAUCUUGAUGUUCUGAAGGAACUUUUGAGUGUAUUUCCCAACUUGGUUAUGACCACAGACUUAUCCUGUACAACUGCUUUACACACGGCUGCUGCUCAAGGGCACAUUGAUGUAGUUGAUUUCCUUCUAGAAACUGACUCGAACCUCGCUAAGAUAGCCAGGAAUAAUGGUAAGACUGCCCUGCAUUCUGCAGCAAGGAUGGGUCACGUGGAGGUGGUGAAAUCCCUGGUAAGCAAGGACCCAAGCACUGGUUUUAGGGUCGACAAAAAAGGCCAAGCUGCAAUACACAUGGCUGUAAAAGGGCAAAAUGAGGAGAUUGUGCUGGAAUUAGUUAAACCUGACCCGUCAGUUUUAAGCUUGGGAGAUAACAAGGGAAAUACAGCAUUGCAUAUUGCCAUAAUGAAGGGCCGUCAUCAGAUUGUACGUUGUUUAUUAUCAGUUGAGGGUAUAGAUGUCAAUGCAUUGAACAAGGCUGGAGAGAGCCCGCUAGAUAUUGCUGAGAAACUUGGAAAUCAAGAACUUGUUGCUGUGUUGAAGGAAGCAGGGGCCGUCCAUUCUAAAGACCAUGGAAAGCCCCAGAAUCCAGCAAAGCAACUUAAGCAGACUGUUAGUGACAUAAAACAUGAUGUUCAGUCCCAGCUCCAACAGACCCGUCAAACUAGAUUCAAGGUCAAGAAAAUUGCAAAAAAUCUGAAGAAGCUCCACAUAAGUGGACUGAAUAAUGCGAUAAACUCAGCAACUGUUGUUGCUGUUCUUAUUGCUACAGUUGCUUUUGCUGCCAUCUUCACUGUGCCUGGACAGUACGUGGAAAAAAAAACAGAGGGGCAUUCCCUUGGGGAAGCCCACAUAGCAAGCAAUGCAGCUUUCAUCAUCUUUAUUGUGUUCGACAGUCUAGCAUUAUUCAUCUCCCUGGCUGUUGUUGUAGUCCAGACAUCUGUUGUUGUGAUUGAAGAAAAAGCAAAGACGCAGCUUGUUUUUGUAAUUAACAAACUCAUGUGGUCGGCUUGCCUUUUCAUUUCAGUUGCAUUUAUUUCUCUCACAUAUGUGGUAGUGGGCAAGCAUUCUAGGUGGCUUGCUGUGUUUGCAACAGUGAUCGGUAGUACAAUAAUGCUCACCACAAUUGGCUCUAUGUGCUAUUGUGUUGUUAUGCAUAGAAUGGAGGAGAAAAAAUUGAGGAACAUACGGAGAGAAAGGAGCCGGUCCCAUUCUUUUUCCGUGUCUGUGGCUUCAGACCAGGAGAUUUUGAAUACUGAAUACAAGAGAAUGUAUGCCCUUUAAGACCUUAGAAUUUGAAGAAAAACGAUAAGGAUUGCGUAGUAUGUUGUUCCUCAAUUUCAGUAUGGAAUAACUAUUUGCUGCUCCCUCUAUUGUAGCUAUUAUAUAAUUCUGAGUACUUGAGCCAAUGCUUGGCAUAUGAUCAGAUUAAACUUGCAUUUUCCUUCGGGCAAGUUGCAGGAGAAUGGUGUUGAUGUGGUUCCGGUUAUUAUUCAUCACCGGAUAUGUGCUUUCUGAUGGAAGUUUCUGCAAAAGGGGUAACUCAGUUUCCUUCUUUUCCUGCUCAAUGAAUUUAGCCUUGCAUGACAUGAAGAUCUGAGUAUGAUUUUAUAAAUCUAAUUAGAGACCUGGUGGAAGCUACUCGAGAGCUGGCAAUGGAUGUCGAUUGUUGUUUGUUCAAUUGUCUGCUUCUGAGUUCUUACAGAAUCCACCCUAUGUCGAAAUGUUGUAAUGGUAUGGGAUGUUUAUAAUCAAAUAAGAAUAGCUUUAAAAUGCUCUCUUGAUCUUGUAA